UUGGACAUUUUACGUUAGGGACAAACAUCCGGUGCACUGUGUUUAUGAAGUACUCUAUAGUCUAUAAUUUAUAAUAACGUUUAUUUUGUUUUUAAAAUAGUAACAGGAACAUAAUAAUUACAGUGGUAAAUUUAGAAAAAAAACAAGAUGCCAAAGGCUCCAAAGGCAAAGUUAUCCGAUAAUAAGAAACCCAUUCACCCAAACAGCAGAAAAGCUGGUAUUAUUACGAGAGAUAAAAGCCACAAAGCACGAGUUGAUGGGAGCAGACAGCAAAAAUCAUUGAAGAAAGACACAAUUUUGGAUAAAUAUCUGUGGUUUCAAGCCCACAUGGAUGAAACAAAAGACGUGUUUUCUAAGCGUGAAUUAACAGAGUUAGUUUUGAAGUACAUGAGACGUUUUGAAGAAGAACUGGAACAAAUUGCUAUAGUGAAUUCUAUCGGCUGCCGUGCAAAUUCUAAACCACAACAUGCCUCAAGAAUUGACUCAAUAAAAUUUUCCCAGGAUAGAGAAAAUAAUGAAUUUAUUUCCACUGGUUUAGAAGUGCCUAAUCUUACAAAGAAAGGCAAUGUUCAGCUCUUUAAAACAUGGGAGGGUGAAAUGAGAUAUUUUGACAAUAUUGAAAGAAUAAAAAUUAGCCAAAGAGAUGCUGACAAACUUAAAGAUUCGAAUCCCAAAUAAAUUAUUUGUUAAUCUAAUAAAGUUUCAUGUUGUUCUU